UCAGUAGAACUUCUCCGACCAGGCAUUUUCGAGCUCAUUCAUAUCUCCCACGAUUUUGCGAAACGCGUUAAGGAUUCAAGAUGAAGGCCCUCAUUUUCGCAGGCGUGGGCAAGUACAAGGUCGUCGACAAGGAAAUUCCCAAGAUUGUCGAUGGCACAGAUGCUAUUGUCAAGAUGCAGCGCACCACAAUCUGUGGUUCGGACCUGCAUAUUCUGCAAGGUCAUGUCCCGACUGUGACCGAUGGCCGCACACUGGGCCACGAAGGUAUCGCAGUGAUUGAAGAGGCAGGAUCCGAGGUGAAGAACUUCAAGAAGGGAGACCGGGUAUUGAUCAGAUGCAUCACCUGUUGUGGAAGUUGUCAGUUCUGCAAGAGAAGCAUGGCCGAUUCUUGUCGAAAGGCAGGAUGGAUCCUCGGUCACACCCACGACGGAACACAGGCAGAAUACGUCAGAAUUCGAUACGCCGACACAUCCCUCUACAAUGUCCCCUCAGGUGUCGAUGACAGGACGUUGUUGUCUUUCAGUGAUAUUUUGCCAACAGGAUUGGAGGUAGGUGUCCUUCGCGGAAAGGUCACGCCUGGAUGUACAGUGGCUAUCGUCGGUGCAGGCCCUGUCGGUCUGUCAGCUGGCUUGACGGCCCAACUCUACGCACCUCGCAAGCUAGUAUUCUUCGACAUGGACGAUUACCGUUUGUCUGUCGCCAAGAAGAUGGGCGCCACACACGUUUACAAUGUCAAAAAUCUCCAAGGCUCAGUUCGUGAGCUUGCGGCUGAGCACUUUGAUGAGGUCGACGGCUUCGACGUUGUCAUGGAAGCGGUGGGCAUCCCCGCGACAUUCAACAUGUGCGAAGACCUAGUUGGCCUGGGAGGCCACAUCGCAAACAUUGGUGUCCACGGAAAGAAAGUCGACUUGCAUAUCGAGAAGCUCUGGAUCCGAAGCACAACCAUUUCGAUGGCUCUUGUCUCUGCGCAUACGAUCCCGACUUUGCUCGACCUUGCUGCCGCUGGAAAGAUUGAUGCCAGCGCCAUGGUGACGCAUGACUUCAAGUUCAAGGAUAUCGAGAAGGCUUAUGAUCACUUCUCUCGUGCUGGAGAGACGAAAUCACUCAAGGUUAGCAUUGAGUUCUAAUGUCGUCAGUCCGUAUUCUCCGUGUCCGAUUUGGUGUCCAACUGCCGAAGAUAUGUACAUAGUCGAUAGGUAUCAAUUGCACUGCCGAGCGCUGUCGGAACGGUCUUGGCGGGUGGGUGUUGCUC